AUGGACGCGCAGUGGCGCGACGAUGCGGCGGUGGCGGCUUCCGCGAAGUCUGCGCGCAGCGGAUGUUCAGCUACAGAAGGCGCAAUUGUUAAGAAAGGCGGAGGCGGCAAGAAAGGCGGGGGCGACAAGAAAGACGGCGCAAGCGCAAUAUCGGGCGGCAAUGGCGCAAAGGGCAGUCACGGAAAGCAGCACCGCCGCCGCGGAAGCAGCGCCGCCGUCGGGAAAUGCAGCGCUGCCGGCGGUUACCGAUCUGACGACAGCAACGCCAGCGCGGACGUCGGCGGGUGUUUCCUUUUCUUGCGCAACCCGCGCGCGAAAACCUCUACAAGUGCGCGCAAGACAAGCGCCGCGUGUUCCGCCACAGGUGUUCGACCCGGUUCCGCCACAGGUGUUCGACCGGGUUCCGCCUCAGGUGUUCGACCGGGUUCCGCCUCAGGUGUUCGACCGGGCUCCGCCUCAGGUGUUCGGCCGCCUGUGCGCGGGGCUUCCGCCGACCAUUUCCGCUUCCGCCGGUCACAAUCGACGUCGUACUUGGAUGAGCGACGCGGCACCGGCGAUACCGAGGGCAUCAGCGGAGGUACAGAAAACAAAGGCGACGGCGGGCGAGAGGAAGGGAGAGGGAGAAGGGAAGAGGGGGGAGGAGUAGGAGGGGAGCUUUCGUCAUUCGAAGGGGCGGGUGGCGAAGCAGCAACAGCACCAGCAGCAUCUCGGCACAAACGGGAAUCCUCCCCUUCUUGGCGGGAAUCCUCUUCUCCCGCCAACACCUCUUCCGCAUCGCCUCAUCUUGCCGCCGUGGCGUCUUCUCCUCGCUAUCCGCCCCAUUCUCCCCAUGCGCCCCAUGCGCCCCAUUCGCCCCGCCCACCCGUCAUCGCCGUCUCCUCACCGCGACUCGCGCGCUUCCUCUCCAUCUCGUCGCCUCGCCAUCGCGCCCUCCGAGUCGGUGCGCCUGCUCCGCCGCCUUCGCACGACCGUCGCGCCGCCCGCAGAGCAGCGUCUGUGUCGGAACGGGACCUCAAGGCUUUGGACGCGUUAGAGGGUCUAGAAGCAAGCGUUAGCAAUCGUCGCACGGAGCGCGCUGCGAUGAGCACUGGCAAUCGUCGCACCGCUCGCAGAGCAGCGUCUGUGACAGAACGGGACUUCGCGACUUUCGAGAAUCUCGGAAAUGUAGAGGACUUUGAGGGAUUCGAGGCGGAUUUUGAGGCCCUCGAAGCAACAGGCUCUAGUAGCGGGUACGGCUAUACUUCAAGUAACGGCUAUAUUACAAGUAACAGCACCGUGCCGUCCGCAAAGGGAUUCAAGAAUUUCGAGGCGCCUCGGAGCAGCCGCGCCGUCCGCAGAGCAUGGUCCGUCAUAGAACGCGACUCCGCGACAUCCACCAUAGAGCGCGGCGCAUCUGGCGCUUGGCGCGACUCGUUGGCCGCUGCUAACCGUGACGAGUAUAACGCUAACGAUGACGAUGACGGAGUUGUGACGGCGUGGCCAGUGCAGCAGCACUGGCGGCGCGAAUGCGCAGCAGCAAGGGGAGUUUCCACAGAGGAGCAGUCUGGAGGGGAACUGUUGGGUGGGAGGAAAUCACCAACUUGCAAAAUCGUUCCAGGAUCGUCCUUUGUCAGCAGCACUACACCAACUAACCAACAAAACCAGCCUUCAACUUCACCCAACUUCACCCGCCGCCCUCCUCCCCUUACCAUACACCCUGAUUUACCAGACUCUGCAACCUCGUCCUCCCAGUCUCCCGCCUCCCUCUGCCAUUCCCCCACUUUCCCUUGCCCCACCCUCCCCAUCUCCUCCCCAAAACCCCCGUCAGUCUCCCCGUCCAAGCCCCCGCGCUUCCCCACUCGUUCCCCCAAGCUUUCCCCCUCCUCCUCCAUCCGGACCUUCCCCUCUUCAUCCCUCCGGGCCUCCCACUCUGUUGACAUUCCAGGAGGGGAGGGAGGUGCACAGCAAUGGGCAAAGAUGCACCAAAAUACACACCACUUUGCAAGGUCGCAGAGUAACGAUUGCAUCCCCUUAGAAGGCACACAGGCCGGAAGUCCGGAUGGGCUGUUAUUCCCACUUGAAGGCACACAGUCUGCUGCACAGGUAAGGAGGCCUGGAGGUGUUGACAGGAGGAGGCCUCUUGUGUCGCCGCUAAAGAGCCCUGUCAGGUCGGGAGUAUUGCUGGUGGAGGGAAGUGAGUCCGCAGAAACAGAAAGUUCCUUUCCUCCUAAGAGCCCUGUCAAGUCGUGUUUGUUGCUGGCGGAUGCGAGUGGGAGUGGGGGUGGGUUGGGAGGGAGCGGCAGGCUGAAGAAGCAGGUUUCAUUCAACAAGGUGGUUCGUAUUCGCCGAUUUCAAUCAUGCGAAGCUUUUCCAGACUUUGGCCUGGGUUGA